AUGAAUUAUUUAAUACGACGCGGCGUUCAAUUCGUCAACCGUCCACAGCUGGCGAGACUCUACUCAAACACAUUGGGGGAGUUGGGGACGAAGAAGAUGGCCAUAUAUUACACAUGUAAAGUCUGUGACUCAAGGAAUGUAAGUUAAAUUAAGGUUUAUGUUUUAUCAUAUCGGAAUUGUUAUUUUUAUGUAUAGAGAGAUGUGUGACUUAUAAAAUGGCUGUUUAAAAACGUCUGUAUUUUAAAACAAAAGAUUUUUCUGUUUUGUACUUGACUGUACCUGGUCACUGUCUAUUGUACUGUCCUAUAGAUGUCCUAAAAAAUUGUAGGUACAAUUCCUGUGAUACUGUGUAAAUGGCUGUGACUACUAAGUAGUAAAGCACGUAAGAAACGAAUACAAUAUUGCUAAUGAGCUUAUUUUAGGGGCCAAAACAGUUCUCGAAAACGUCCUACGAAGAAGGAGUGGUGAUAGUACAAUGUGAGGGUUGUAAGAACCAUCAUAUCAUAGCUGACAACCUCGGCUGGUUCUCGGACCUCGAGGGCAAGCGGAACAUCGAGCAAAUUCUGGCGGAAAAAGGCGAAUCUGUUCACAAGUUUUCGACAAAAGAUCUCGUUUCCGAGUUCGUUAACAAUAAAAGUUAG